AUGCUAGACAAUGAAGUCAUUUCAGCUGCCCAAUGCAGCACGCGGUGGACUCUUUUGCUGUCUUUGUCUACGAGCAGGCAUUUCGGACACUCAGCUCGUACGCUGCAAAACAUUGCAGCAGUGCAUUCUCAGUUCUCUGUUCAUCGGUCUCAACCGCAGCAACGCCCCAUCGCCAGCAUGGCCCCGAAAGCCGUCUUCGUCGAGUUCGAAUUGGAAGUUCGGCAUCCCAACUCAAGCGUCAAGCCUAAAUAUGGAAAGAAAGCCGUCAAUGACACGUGGGCUGCGCUGAACGACGCCGCACGUCGCUCCAUCACGGAAAAGAUCGUCAAGGCAAAGAACGCUGCCACCAGAGCUGAGGAGCAGACCAUCGUCGCUGUAGCCGAUGAUAAACGCUUUUCCUCCGCCAGGCGCAGAUGCACCGCAAUUCUGGGAUGA